AUGAUUCCCAGAUUUGACGAUCUGCCUCCUGUUGAUGGUAUGCCCCAGGGAUGUUCCUGGGGAACAUUUGAUAAAGAUGGCAAAAAGGAUGUCUUUGGAACGCUGAACCUCUUGACACCACAGGUGGUCAAGAGUGCGGCUGCUGAGGUACGCCUUGGAAUUUCCAUUUCGUUGAAUUGGCCUAUUGGGAGUAUAAAAAUCCAUGAUUUCUUUCGAAAGAGUCUUGAGCACAAUGUCCUCAAACUCGAGGACGAGGAGGUUGGAUUGCACUAUGGAUUUGAUGAUGAGGUAGCAUUCAAUACCCAGGCGAGUAGUCAAUGGGAUAGUCUCUGCCAUUUUCUCCAUCUUCCGACUCGAACCGCAUACAAUGGUGUCAGACCCACAUAUGAAGAGAUGAAACAAGGCUCUCAUUCCACCCAGAAAUUUCCUACACUGGAUCGCUGGCAUGAGCGCGGCUGUGUUGCUGGACGAGGCGUCCUAAUCGAUUUCAAGUCUUACGCCGAGGACAAAGGAAUUGAAUAUUCUGUCUUCUCUAGCUUUCGAAUCGGAAUGGCCGACAUUGAAGCUGUCGCUGCAUACCAAGGUGUCACAUUUCAGCAUGGUGAUAUACUAAUUAUCCGAUUCGGUGUCACAGAGGAACUAGGAAACAUGAAUGCACAUGAACAAGCAUGCUCUAUGGCAAGUCACCAUGUAUGUGGAAUUGAAGGUAGCAAAGAGAUGGCACGCUGGCUAUGGGAUAAACACUUUGCCGCAGUGGUAAGCGACAACAUCGCUGUAGAAGCCAUGCCCCCAAUGGAGAAUCGCGUGGAGCUGCCUAUGACAAAUCUCGUCCUGCAUCAGUGGUGUCUCAGCCUCCUUGGUAUUCCACUUGGAGAGCUUUGGUAUCUGAAAGAUCUCGCUGAUCAGUGCAAGGCGCAUGGGAAAUACACAUUCCUUCUAACUUCAUCUCCACUUAAUGUGCCCGGAGCAGUUGGAAGUCCACCUAAUGCUCUGGCUAUAUUGUGA